UUCGGUAGACAGAAGCAUUAACAACAUUUUGCUGUUCGAAGCAUGGAAACGACAACUUUGAUUUUCUUCACUGUGUUAAUAGCACUUGUAUCACUUUUCAUAUCAUGGAAGAAAAGGGGACAACACCCUUUACCUGGGCCUACGGGAUUGCCGCUUAUAGGCUAUAUCCCAUUUAUGACGAAAAAGCCCUAUAUUAAAUUACAACAACUUGGGAAAAUCUACGGGCCUGUUUACAGAAUACAAUUAGGUAGUCAAAAUGUGGUGGUGCUUUGCGAUUUUCAGUCAAUGAAAGAUGCUUUUGCAAGCGACGCUUUCAUGGGAAGACCUGCUGACCUCCCUUUCGAACUCAGCGAAGAAACCAUACGUACCGGAGCAUUCUUGGACCUUCCAUGGAAAGAACAAAGGAGAUUCUCCUUGCACAUGCUUCGUGAUCUUGGGUUCGGUAAAACGCGCAUGGAAGAACACAUAAAAGAGGAGAUUUUGGAACUGCUUCAGCGCAUAGAAGACUACCACGAAUCUCCUGUUAAAAUUGGUGAAUUGUUAACCCCAAGUAUGUCAAAUAACAUUGCGUCACUCGUAUUUGGUAAGAGACUCAAACCCGAUGAUCCUAAGAGGAAAAAACUGGAUAAGUUGGUGAACGAAGUUGGUCGACUUGCUGGUACGCUUUCCUGGCAGAUCUUUUUUCCUUGGAUCAGAGCUUUCAUGUCAUUCUUUAAUCUCGGCAACAAAGGAAAACUAUCAAGAGCGCUAUCGGAAAUGAAGAGAUAUUGUAGGGAAGAAAUUGAGAAACAUGAACAGACAUUGGAUCCAACUAAUUUACGAGAUUUUAUGGACGGUUAUUUACUAGAGAUUAAAAAAAGAGCUGAUGACCCUGACACUUCAUUCACAAAAGCGGUUCUUGCUGAUUUGUCAAGAGCAUUCUUCGGUGCCGGAAGCGAGACAGUUCGUGUGUCAGUGGAAUGGAUUCUGCUUUUAUGUGUUGCUUUUCCAGAAGUGCAGAUAAAAAUCCAACAAGAAAUCGACGAUGUCGUCGGACGAGAACGAUUUCCAACUAGAGCAGACAAUCUGGAGAUGCCUUUCACAGAGGCUGUUAUUCUGGAGAUGAAUAGAUGGAAAACAAUUGUGCCUCUGAACCUAAUGAGAUACACAUUGAAGGAUACUGAGUUGAACGGUUAUUUCAUCCCAAAACAUUCCCGAGUUCUUGCAGUCACAUAUGCAGUUCAUCAUGAUAAGAAACUCUGGGGAAACGAUACUGCCGUCUUCCGACCUGAAAGAUUUUUGAGUGAAGAUGGAACAAAAGUUGUUAAACCUGAAUACUACAUUCCUUUUUCUAUUGGAAAACGAUCCUGUCCUGGAAAAUCACUCGCAGAAGUGGAAGUAUUCUUAUACGUAACAGCAAUACUACAAAAAUUCGAUGUUUUCAUGCCACCAGGAAAAGUACCGGAUCUUGAAGGUGUUCUCGGAAUAACAUUGCAACCUAAAAGACAGGAAUUAAUUUUCAAAUUAAGGCAGUAAAGGAAUCUAUAUUUUAAAUGUUUUUGGCUUAGCCUCUCAAUUUGAUCAAACAGUGUACAAACAAUGAAGAUGUAGACUUUCGUGGAACAGAUAACUUUGAUCGCCAUGACAGUAAAUUUACUGAGUUUUUAGCAUAAUUUAUUGAUAUAGGCGAAGAAUUAGUUAGCAAAAUAAAAUUUUUAAUUUUGC